CAACAUGGCUGCAGUAGGCAGCUUAGUGAACAGUUUGGCUUGUUUCUGGAGACAGCCAUGUACCCGUGCUUAUUUACCGCACUUGUUCUUUUGUAUCUCGUUUACAGGAUCAGUUUUGAAAAUGAUGGACCUCGUGCCGGAGAGCUACUUCAGUAGCAGUAGGAAUGUUUUAAAUCUAUAUUUUGUGAAAGUUUCUUGGGGUUGGACCAUUGUUUUGCUUCUGCCAUUCAUCCUUUACUCCAACUCUUACAACAAAAGCCACAGAUUUGUGUUGAGGCGGCUUACAUCACUCCUGGUAGCAACUCUCGUUUGGUACACCUGCACUGAGACUUUCUUCUACAUUGAAGACAUUACAGGUUCAUGUUAUGAGUCAGACAACAUGCAAGCCACCCUUGCUGGUGACAUUACCACGAAGGCGGCAUGCAGGAAGGCUGGAUUCAUCUGGGAUGGAUUUGACAUAUCUGGACACUCCUUCAUCUUGACUUACUCUUCUCUUGUGAUUGUGGAGGAAAUGGUGCCCAUGUUACACAUAACUGAUGUUAGCAGAAACGCUCCUCUUGAUUGUCUUUAUAUAGCACUUAAUGCGAUUGUAGCCAUCUGGGUAUGGAUGUUCGGAUGCACUUCUGUGUAUUUCCAUGAUAUUAUCGACAAGAUUCUAGGGACCUUGUGUGGCAUAUUUGGGUGGUACGUGACCUAUGUUGUUUGGUACCCAUUUCUCUUUUCUCCCGGUCUCCCUCCACAGCAGAAACAACAUGCUUCGUGAGAGAAAUAAAUGGUACAAGAGCACUACAACAAGCUUCACAUAUCUGCACUGUUUAUGUUAUGUGAGAUCUAUGAUGGGUUAGCCGUCCAUGUGGAGCAGAAGGCAGCUGGUGUUCCUAAAAUGACAAUCUGUAAUCUGAGAAGUCACAUCUGAACCUUAUUGUUGCCUUCAAAAGUUGUGUGGCUUUAUACAGAGCUGGAAUAGAACACCUGACAGUAAAUUUAGCUUAGUCUGCUGCUAACAUUACCUCCUGUAAUCAAUCUGCAAUCUUCAGCUGAGCUGCCUUUUUUAACAGUAAAUAUUUAGACUUUGUCCCUUGAAACUAAUAUUGUUAACAAUUUUGUGUUUAUUGAUUUUAUUUUAUU